ACAGCAGCUAUGUGUGGUCGUGAGGCGUGCCAAUCAUCUGCGUUUAGACACGCCCACACUGCUCUCAGAGAGCGCUGCACAUUGAACGUGCGGCACACAGGCGCUGUGCGUGGUUUCGGAUGCACGCUCUAGCACCACUCGCAUAUAUGACAGGAUACGAGCUCGGAGGAAGAAAAUAUGCCGAGCUCCGUCAUGUUUCAUGCGAUUUAUACGCCACUGUGCUGCUUUCAGCUGUAUUCUAGAGCUGAGCCGCGAUGUCUGGCUGCGUAACGCUGAUUGACGGACCGGAUCGGUGGCUCGCCUGUUGUUAACGCACAAGAGUGUUUGCAGUUCGUGCGCAAACUUUGCGAGAACUUCACGGCAUCGCUUCUCAUUUUGACAGGCGAGGUGAAACGGCAGCACAAAGCAUGGCGACACAAAACGACUGCUGUGUCAAGGUCUCUUUAAGGAUCCGUCCGCAGAUGGCAAAGGAAAAGAUUGAGGGAUGUCACAUCUGCACCUGUGUUACCCCCGGAGAGACCCAGGUGCUCAUGGGUAAAGACAAGGCCUUUACGUAUGACUUUGUGUUUGACUUGGAUGCUCAACAACAUCAGAUCUACAGCGCCUGUGUUCACAAGCUAGUUGAAGGCUGCUUCGAGGGAUACAACGCAACUGUCUUCGCUUAUGGACAAACCGGUUCAGGAAAGACCUACACAAUGGGCACUGGCUUUGAUGUGACCAUUUUGGAGGAAGAGCUGGGCAUCAUCCCACGGGCUGUGCAACAUCUCUUCCAGGGCAUCCAGCAACGCAGACUAGAUGCGCAGAGCGCCGGCAUGCCCCUGCCAGAAUUCAAAGUCAGCGCCCAGUUCCUGGAGCUCUAUAAUGAGGAGAUCCUGGACCUGUUCGACAGCACACGUGACCCUGAGGCUCGAGGUAGGAAGUCCAACAUUAAGAUCCAUGAGGAUGCGAGCGGAGGCAUCUACACCACAGGAGUGACGUCACGGCUGGUCAGCUCAGAGGAGGAGCUGCUGCAGUGUCUGAAGCUGGGCGCUCUUUCCCGCACCACCGCCAGCACGCAGAUGAACGCCCAGAGUUCCCGCUCUCAUGCCAUCUUCACCAUCCACCUCUGCCAGAUGAGAGUUUGCCCGCAGCCACAACUGGUGAACGGAGAGAUGAACGGCGAUAGCUCCAUCUCUCAGCCCGAGUAUGAGACGCUCACUGCUAAGUUUCACUUUGUGGACCUGGCUGGAUCAGAGCGUCUCAAACGCACAGGAGCCACAGGAGAGAGAGCGAGAGAGGGCAUCUCGAUCAACUGUGGCCUGGUACGUCUUGGUUGCAUUCUGUCAUCUAAAGGUGAUGUGCAUUAUCCUACCCUUAUGAAUUCCUGUCCUCUUGCAUUCUCAUCUGCUUUGUAUCCGUCUAGUCGGACUGUGAUGAUUGCCUGCGUGAGCCCCUCUGACCGUGACUUCAUGGAGACCCUGAACACACUGAAGUACGCCAAUCGGGCUCGCAACAUCAAGAACAAAGUGAUCAUGAACCAGGACAAAACCAGCCAGCAGAUCAGCGCCUUACGAGCGGAGAUCGCACGCCUGCAGAUGGAGAUCAUGGAGUACAAAGCGGGGAAGCGAGUGGCCUGUGAAGAUGGAUCCGACGGUUUUAGCGAUCUGUUUCAGGAGAACUCUAUGCUGCAAAAAGAGAAUGACACUCUACGUAUGCGGGUCAAAGCCAUGCAGGAAACCAUCGACCACCUCAACACUCGAGUCACCCAGCUGCUCACCAAUGGAGUCAACCUGCUGCUCACCAAGACUGGUGAAACGAACGAGGAGAUUGGCAAUCUAAUCCAGAACUACAUUCGAGAAAUCGAAGAGCUGAGGUCUAAGCUGCUGGAGAGUGAGGCCAUGAACGAGUCUCUGAGGCGCAGUUUGUCUCGCCUCUCCGCCCGCUCUCCAUACCCAGCCUCCCACCCGUCUACUCCAGCACUCCCUCUCGGCUCCUCCCCCUCUGUUUCCAUGGAUGCAGAGAUGACAGAUGUGAUUCGUCAUGCCAAGUUAGAUGUGGAGAGGCUGAAGAAGAAAGAGACAAAUCAGAGGAGGAAGAGUCCUGAGAAAGAAAAAGGUCUGAAGAAGAGAGCCAAGCUUUAUUCUCAGGAAAAUGGAGAAAAGGGCGAGAACGGGCUGAGCAGGGAAAAUGAAGAGAGACGAGAAAAUGGAGAUGGAGACUCUGAUAAUGAACCUGAAGGGGAUGGCAUGUAUCCUCUUCAGGAGGACGAUCACGGCUGUGAUGAAGAGGAGACCAGGGAGGAGGAGGAGGAGGAGGAGGAGGAGGAGUUCGACAGUGACGAGAGCCUGGUGGAUUCUGACUCUGACUCAGAUGAGAAAGUCAGCUUACAGGCCGAUCUGGCGGACCUGACGUGUGAGAUCGAGAUCAAGCAAAGACUCAUCGAUGAGCUGGAGAACAGCCAGCGGCGGCUCCUGAUGCUGAAGAGCCAGUACGAGGAGAAACUGAUUCUGCUCCAGAACAAGAUCAGAGACACGCAGCUGGAGAGAGACCGCGUGCUGCACAACCUCAUGUCCAUGGAGAACUACACUGAAGAGAAAGCCAGUAAGAUCAAAUCUGAUUAUGAGAAGCGUCUGAAGGAGAUGAACCGAGACCUGCUGAAGCUGCAGGCCGCUCAGAAGGAGCACGCGCGUCUGCUGAAGAACCAGAGCCGCUACGAGAGAGAGCUCAAGAAACUGCAGUCUGAGGUGGCCGAGAUGAAGAAAGCUAAGGUGGCGCUAAUGAAGCAGAUGAAGGAGGAGCAGCAGAGGAGGAGGAUGAUCGAGGCCAAGAGGAACAGAGAAAUCGCGCAACUGAAGAAAGAGCAGCGACGACAAGAGUAUCAGAUCCGAGCUCUGGAGUCGCAGAAGCACCAGCAGGAGAUCGUGCUGCGGAGGAAGACCCAGGAGGUGACGGCGCUGAGGCGGCUGGCCAAGCCCAUGUCGGAGCGUGUGGCCGGACGUGUGGCCCGCAGACUCACCCGUUUGGACUCCUUAGCAGAGCUGUCCACCGCUACCACAACAACCUCCUCCGAACUGGAAUCCACUCGCUCGGUUUCCAAAAUCAUACGCCAUUGGAAUACCAAACUGAAUGGAUACCUGGGAGAGAAUGAGAGCCACGGGACCGGAGGAAACCUGGCCAGCAGAAAAAAGUUCCAGCGAAAGAGUACGAGCACGAGUUUUUCAAAGACAGCCCGUCAGAAGUGGCAGUCUCUGGAGAGGAGGAUCAUGGAUAUUGUGAUGCAGAGAAUGACCAUCACUAAUGUGGAAGCUGAUAUGGAUCGCCUCAUUAAGAAACGUGAGGAGCUGUCCGUGCAACAGGAGGCGCUGUUGCGCAAGAGAGAAAAGUUACUGAACGAGGGCUUCAGAGAGGAUGAGGAGGAGAGGCUCCUUCAGGAGAUGAACGAGGAGAUUGAUGUGCUCAAUGCUAACAUCGACUACAUCAGUGAUAGUCUGUCAGACUGCCAGGCCACCAUCGUACAGAUCGAGGAGACCAAGGAUGAGCUGGACUCAGUGGACACCUCAGUGGUCAUCAGCUCCUGCUCGCUGGCCGAAGCUCGUGCUCUCCUGGACUACUUCCUCAAAGCCUCUAUUGACAAGGGGUUGCAAGUUGCUCAAAAAGAGGCUCAAAUUCGCCUGCUGGAAGGUCAGCUGCGGCAGACGGAUGUGAUCGGCUCUUCCCAAAAUCACAUGAUCCUUGAUGCUCUAAGGGAAAAGGCGGAGUGUAUCCCUGAGCUACAAGCUCUAAUCCACAAUGUCCAGCAAGAGAAUGGCUAUGCGAGCACAGAUGAGGAUGCGUCUGAGUUCAGCCAGGCAUCAGAGGGCGGUUUUUCCCAAAUGAAGUUGUCUGCGAGUCAAGAUGACUUUAAGAUAAAGGUUGAGCCUCGGCUCUCUGCACAAAUGAAGGCGGUGUCAGCUGAGUAUUUGGGCCCGAUUCUGGACCUCACCUCUAAGAACAUCACUAAGUCCCUGGCUUCUCUGUCGGAGAUCCAUGAGAACGGCCUGGUCCUCAAAGAGCCCUACUCCAGAGAGCUGGUGUCUCGAACCAUCAGCCUGCCUGUCAGAGGACACACUUUCCCAAGGCAGUCCAGAGGAUAUGACACUUCUCCCUUAACAAGGAGGCAGUCAUACGACCGAGGCCAGCCGUAUAGAAGUCCAGAUGUAGGCUACACCCCUCCUUCUUCCCCUCCUCUCCGAACACGUAACGACCGCAACGUCUUUUCCCGCCUGACAAGCAACCAGAGUCAGGGUUCAGCGCUCGACAAGUCGGAUGACAGCGACUCCUCUCUCUCAGAGGUGCUCAGGGGUGUAAUCACUCCCACAGGUGGGCUGAAAGGGGGCAGGACGACCCCGUUGCAGUGUGUGGCAAUGGCCGAGGGACACACCAAACCUGUGCUUUGCCUGGAUGCCACAGAUGAGCUGCUUUUCACUGGCUCCAAAGAUCGUACCUGCAAGGUGUGGAACUUGGUGACUGGACAGGAAAUCGUGACCCUGAGAGGACAUCCUAACAACGUUGUGUCUGUCAAAUACUGCAGCAACUCCGGCCUGGUCUUCACGGUUUCUACUUCAUAUAUCAAAGUUUGGGACAUUCGUGAUUCUGCCAAGUGCGUCCGGACGUUCACGUCAUCGGGUCAGGUGGUCUCAGGCGAUGCCUGUGCUAGUACAACCACUCACACUAUCACUACAGCUCAGGGCGAGUACCAGAUCAACCAGAUCGCCCUCAAUCCCUCCGGAUCCGUGCUGUACGCUGCUGCAGGCAACACUGUCCGCACAUGGGACCUCAACAGAAUGCAGACCACUGGGAAGCUGACCGGACACAUUGGGUCAGUCAUGUGUCUUACAGUGGGUUAUUCUGGAGGAGGCAAGGAUCAGGUGAUCACUGGAUCCAAAGACCAUUACGUGAAGAUAUUUGAUGUUGUGGAGGGAACCCAGGGUAACAUCGGACCAGCUCAUAACUUCGAGCCCCCUCAUUACGAUGGGAUUGAGUGCCUUGCUAUACAUGGCGACGUGCUGUUCAGUGGUUCCCGUGACAAUGGCAUUAAGAAAUGGGAUCUGGGACAGCAUGAACUUAUUCAGCAAAUCCCAAACGCGCACAAGGAUUGGGUGUGUGCUCUGGCGUUUGUUCCCGGGCGGCCCAUGCUCCUCAGUGCCUGCAGGGGGGGAAUGCUCAAGGUGUGGAACGUGGACAACUUCACCCCCAUCGGAGAGAUUAAGGGCCAUGACAGCCCGAUCAAUGCCAUCUGCACCAAUUCCAAACAGAUCUUUACUGCCUCCAGUGACUGUCGGGUGAAGUUGUGGAGUUAUGUCCCCGGGCUUACGCCCUGUCUGCCCCGUCGGGUCCUGGCCAUCAAGGGCCGGGCCACCAGCCUCCCCUGAGCCUCCACUAACCACCUCCUGCCUGGUUCCCUCUGUGACAUGAGAGUAAAGAUCUGGAAUCCGAAGAUGGGGAAGAAAAGGUGAUGAUCCUCCAUUUGGAACGGUUCUGUCAGUGGAGCCUUUUUGGGCUGACGGGUAAUUGGACACCAAAACUUUAGGUGUCUGAAACCGACCUUGGCGACGAGUCCAUGGGUCAGCCUUCUCUCUCCAGAAGGCCAGUUUCAUGGACCUGCCUUAAGGAGAUGAGGCACAGCUGUCUGAUUUAGAAGACACAACCCUUUCAACAGGCUGAAAACGGAGUCGCUUCUGAGGAAUACGGUCCAAUGAUCAUGAGUCUGAGGAACUGCCGGUUGCUUUCUUCUGGAUGUUUUUAAGGUGCCAUUUUGUUGAUGCCGAAACUGUAUUAUCUGUACAGUGAAGUGUCCUUCUGCACUUCCUGUCUAAACGAAAACAUGUCCUUGAGGUGACUUCAUCUGUAGCUGCUGAUUUUACUUCUGAAUAUUUAUCACGUCAAGGUGGAAUCAUUUCAGAGUCGUUUUUGUAAAUCCUAGAAAGCCAUAUGACUUUAGCUUUGACGUAGUAUCAGACACUGAAUCACUUUUUCUCAGUAUCCAGAAGAUUGGCACCUUUUGUGUUUACUAAGAACGAGCAGAUGCAAAGUCGUCAUCAGUCCCACAUUCCCUUAAAAUAUUGUGCAAUAUUAUGGACCAUGUUUUUCAAUGCCUUCCUCUUCCAGGGGUUUCUCUGAACAUUUCAGAUUACUAAUGGCUCCCCUAAACCGCAGCCAAACACCGUACAGCUCUCUUCAGAUACACUUCCUUUUCUUUUAAACUCGUUCGCUCCAUCCUGCUUUGAUUUUUUUUUGUUUUCUACCUCAGGUUUAAAAUGAGAUUUUGUGUGUUAAACCUUUGCCGAUUCUGGUUUCUUGCACAUGACAGGACUCCAGCUUUAUUGUCUUCUAGAUGUGUGGAUAGAAGUCUCAGAAGUGUAAAGCAGUAUUGAGAGUCUGCUGAGUGGGCAUUUUGAGAGUCUGCCCGUGUAAUAAGCCCAACUCAUCAGGGGAUUGAGUUUAGUGACACUAGCAGACAGUUUUAGGCAGAACUAGAUGUUGCCUCAGGCUCAAGCAUCUGAUUGAAAGGCAACGAUCCCCUGAGGAGAGUAGAAAAGGACCCAGUUUCAUGUUGUUGGACACAGUCCUGGUACGACAAACAGAAUUUCAGACAAUCUAACGCUGGAAUGUUGGAUGAAAAUUGGGUCAUUUUGUUUAGCCCAUUAGUUUUUCUAGAUUAUGGCUACCCUUUAUAACACUUUAAAACGGAAGUGUUAAAGAAUUUGCACAAAAGAAGAAGUUUAGCAGAUUGUUCCAGCUGCUCUUUUCCAUACAAUGAAGGUACAUGGAGGUGGAUCUUUUGAGCUUCAAGAAUCAUCCAAAAACACCAUAAAAAUAGUAUAUCAAAUCGGUGUUCUAUAUUCCAAAUCUUCUGAAGCCACUCAAAAAAAAUUCAUUUAAAAUGUAAUUUGUUAUUCAAUAAAAAAUCAUCUGUUUCACCUCUCAUUCUUGUCAGUGUACUGUAUAUUCAAGUAUGCCAUUUAUAGACAUGUCACAUCUAGAAAUACUUUUGUUCGUUUCUCACACAAAUCUGUCAUUUGACUUAAAAAAAAAAAAGGAAUACAAUGCACAAGUAACAUUAGACUACUGAUGUUUUUAUGCUUUUUUGUACUUCUUGGAGCUUGAUUUUGGCCAUUCAUUGUCAAAAUGGAAAAGAGCAGCUGGAACAAUCUGCUAAGCUUCUCCUUAUGUGUUCCAAUGAAGAAAGAAAUUCAUAAAGGUUUAGGACAACAUAAAGUUUAGUACAUUUUUACAGAAUAUACAUUUUCACACAAUCUACCCCUUUGAGACACCAUAAUAAGAUGUAAAAUUGUGGUAAAAUGAACCUCAGCCAUUGAUGUUUCUCCACUAUCACACUUUUGAACAAGCAUCAAGCAUGUUAAAGACAGCAGUGUUAAAGUAGGUCAAGUUGGGCACCGUGUUUUCCAAUCCUCCUCUCAGAUUCACUCCCUAUUAAAUUAAAUAGGAAGCAGCCUCCUCUGCAUUGGAGGAUACGGUGUGCCUGAUGGGGGUACGUGGGUGUCAGCGAGCUUGUUUUGCUAGAACACAUGCAGCUUUGUUUAUUUUUACGCCAUCAAUCUUGCUGUGCCACGCGCUGUUCCCUUCUCAGGCUUUCCUAGAUUUACAGUCUUUUUUAAUGAAACAUAUCUAUCACUCUUAUCUGCACAACAUUUUUUUUGGACGGCCCUUGGCAAUUCACCACCUGAAUGCAGCCGUGUACACGAGCUGCUGUAAGGAGGAAGCUCUUCAUUUACAGACAAGAGAGAUGCGGUUUAUCUGAUGAAGGACCCACAGCAUGGAUAAUCACACAUCAAGUGCAGCAUGAUUCCCAUGCUACGGAAAGAGAUUUUAUCAAAUUUGCAAGUUACCCUUUUUGAUUUAGAUUUUUCCCCUUUUUCGAAGACAACGUGAUGUCGCAAAGCUGCUGUCAGUCAUUUAAAGCUACUAUACAGUGGAUAUAUCUUUAGGCUGGAGUCAUUUGCAUACUGUAAAGCUCAUAUACAUGCAUAAAUAUUCAUAAGGAAGAAUGCAGUAGGGGCUUCCUUAACCUUUAGGUUAAUAGAUUUCUACCAGUGGUUGGCACUAUAUAUAUCUCUUAAAAUUUAACAGUAGACUGAGUGUGAACUGCACCGUCAUUAAGCCGGUAUGUCAUCCUCGUUUCGAUUAUAUUUGGGUUUAUGAUUCUAGAAUGUAGAACUAUUAACAAUAUAGGCAGUUUUUUGACCAAAUAGUAAAUUUUUGUCCUUUGAAACAGAGUAAUGCAUUUGUAAAAAAAAAAAAAAAGGCUUUUCUGUGAAGUCUUUUAAAAUAAGGCCAAAUUUAUUAAAUAAUGAUCAAAGCAUCUACUUCAAAGAACAUUUGUUUUCAAAACUGUGAAAAAAUGCUGCUUUAUACCGUCUUGCAUCUUUUUUUUUGAUGUGCGUCUGUGUUUUGUUCUUAAAGGGGGAUCAAAAUGUACAGCGUCAAACGUGUUGCCAAAGUUUGAUUGAAAUAAUCACUAAAUAAUCGUCCUACAUUUCCCCCCGUUGGAUCACUUUUGCAAAAUUGUGCGUCUAUACUGGUGUUAUGUUUAAACGAAACGAACAGCAGGCCUCAUUCGAAAAACGAGCUAAAUGAAUUUCUGCGCAUGUUGUUCGUAAAAACAUGUUUGAAUUUUAUGUGCAUUUGCAAUUUACAUAAUGCAAGAAUUACACGAAUUCUAUUCCAUACAGUUUCUACAAUUCAUUCUGUUUCAAUGAAUGAGGUUCCGAGAUCGUGUUUGUACAGUAUGCUAUUCUAAUAAUAAUGCAUACUAUCACAGGGUCAACCUGUUUUAAUAAGUGCCCCGCAUUAGUGAGUUUACAAAAGACUGUGCUGUGAACUAAUUUCAUUUUAGAAUAGCAUUUUGAAGCAUUUUUGGUACAACUGUAAAAUUCUUGUGAAGAGAGCUUGUCAAAAUGUGCUUGGUAUUGCUGGGACUUAAAGACUGUGAAAUUGGUUUGCGAAUUCAGUUCCAUAACAACACUGGAAAUUUCAGCGCCUCUCAGUUAUUUCUCCAUUGUGUCUGAAAGCACAUUGGUUCACAAGGCUGCUUCUGAGAUUGACAGUUAAACCUUAAAUACACCUUAAACUGACGCUUUUUACAGCCAUGCCAGUCAGUGGCCCGCAAUUCCUGGUGCUCAGCUUAAACGCGGUCUUAACUUUCAAUGUGAAGCUUCCGGGGUUUAUCUUUCUUACGCAUUUAGCUUCACAGCAGUAGUUUACCAGUGGUACGUUUAGUGUUGUAGCUUUACGGUGCUUAUAUUUUAUAUUCUAGGCCAGUGAUGCAUGGCAUUGACAUGCUGUGUAAGCUUCUACAUCUGUAUAGAAUCUCAAAGGAAAGCUUUUCUGUACAGGGGAGAUUGUUGACACCUGUCUAUUGAUCAGCGUAGCGCUAACUUGUGGCUUUGACCCCCUGUGAUGCCAAAGGUAAACAGGUUGCCACUGUUGCCCCAGCUGCCUAACGCCCCUCUCUGUCUCUCCCGGCCUGAAGCACAGGGCCACACUGCAGUACGCCUUACGCCUUACCUCACUCUCAGCGUGUGGGACAUCUUGCCAUCGCGAAAUGCUGCUGUUAAAUCCCUUUUUUGGGAAAAAACUAAUGUGUUUCAUUGGGGUGCUUUCUAGUUACCUGGCAACCCAGGUAGGCAAUUAAUAUGCAGAAUAGAAAAGACAUUUAAGUAAUAGAGAAAAAGAGGCUACAAUUAAAGGCUUGACAGAACAAUCAGUCAUUU